AAAAGCGACCCUCCGCUGCUGCUCUGCUUCUGCUCGCUUGCGCGGUACCAACAUCCUGUCGACGCCGCGCACGACAGAUGUAGAUGGGUGCUACGCGCAUCGUUGUGCCGUGACGAAAAACAAAAACAUCGACCAAACGACGAGCUUCGGAUGACAGCAAACGGGGCCGGUGUUGGCGCUCGUUGAAGCCCCCAGCGAUUGGAACCCGCGGAAUGAUCGGCAGCCGCUCAGCUGUGGGCAUCACAAUCGCGAAACACAUCUAGAGAGGGUCCGAGAGGGGCUUUAAAAUUGCACUUGGCUGACUUCGCCCAGGACCAACAUGGCCACGAAAUAUGCAAAUUUCAGCUCUGGAUCUGGAGGAUCCUCGCACGGAGAAUUUCAGAGUCUUUCGCAGACGAUAGGAACAAAUGUCCAAAAAAUCAGUCAGAAUGUGGGGUCUAUGAAAAAGAUGGUGCAGCAACUGGGGACUUCACAGGACUCUGAGUCGUUGAGGUCACAGCUGCACCAGAUCCAGCAGUACACCAACCAGUUGGCCAAGGACACCAAUGGGCAGCUCAAGGCCCUGGCGGCCAUGCCCUACGGGGAGCAGGGAGCCGGGCGCCUGCUGCGCGAGAAGCUCACCAACGACUUCUCCGAGGCCCUGCACCACUUCCAGCUGGUGCAGCGAGCCGAGGCCGACAAGGAGAAGGACUCGGUCAAGCGCGCCCGCGCCGCCUCGGGCAUCGGGUUUGAGUCAUCGAGCAGCCGGGGUGGCGCUGGCAACCUGAUUGAGUUGGCCUCGCCCGUGCAAGCGCAGCAGCCACAGCAGCAGGCACAGAGCUUUGCCCAAAUGGACGAGCAGGUCAACAUCGAGAUGCUCCGAGAACGGGAACAAGCUAUCCGCAAACUUGAGAACGACAUUGUGGAUGUCAAUGCAAUAUUCAAGGACCUUGCGACUAUGGUUCACGAUCAAGGAGACAUGAUCGACAGCAUAGAAGCAAAUGUUGAGAGUGCCGCAGUGCACGUUGAAGAAGGGGUUCAGCAAGUGGCCAAGGCAAGGCAACAUCAGGAGAAGGCUCGGAAGAAGAUGUUCUGUCUGUUUGUCAUCGGCGUUAUCGUUCUGGCCACACUGAUAACGAUAAUUGUCGUGUCUAUCAAGAGCUAACCUGAACGAGACAACAUUGCGGGGAGCCUACCUGUUCGUUUGGCUGUAUGUUUGAGCCCGGGAAAAAAACAGGGGCAUGCAGAGAAAGAAAAAAAAAAUGACACCACCUUUGCGCGUCUGCUUGGAAGAUCUUGUCAACGACAUCUUGAACUGUGCUCGCGGCUCACUAUUUACCGGCAAACGAAGCGUCGCCGGCUCCGUAACAUUCCACACAGAGAUUUAGUUGUCCCAAGAGAUCUGAGCUUGUUUGGUGUUUUUGCGGCUAGAAGGGACACGGCGCGAGUUUGUUUGCUUAGUUGGCACGCUAAUUCCUACUGUUAUGGAGCCGAGUCACUUUGGACACUGAGACAAGAGGCUAAUCGUGCACGAGUCUACCUUUCUUGUCGGCCAUGUUUGUUUCAGUCUUUUUUUCUUCCCCCUUCUCCCUCCUCUUGUCUGUUGGCCUUUAGCCAGUGAUGUACAUACGCUAAUAUAUUCUGGUUGCUCAGACAAGGUUACACCAUUGUCCUGUUUGAAGUGACAAAUAAAACAGUAUGCAAAGAAGCC